GUAAGCGAGCUAGCCAAAGAAACAGUCCAGACAUAGUAAUAAAUUUGUCGUAAAGCAGUAUAUUUGUAGUUAUUACAUUGGGAAACGGUAGAGUUGCUAUUCAUUGCAGAGAAUACGUUAAACACAAUGGGCUUCACUGGGAAUGUGUUACUUUGUCGGAGUUCAUACGGUAAGAGAUUCCCUUGAUUAGCUGGCUAACUUCGCUAGCUAGGCUAACAAUAACAGCGACAGCGUUUGUAAAACUGGCUAGGUAGCUAGCUGAUAGGCAUCAUUUGUUGAAAUCUUCUGUCUCUUCCUGGAAUUGACAUGAUCAAACAGCCGUGAACAGUUAGCUGGUGCCGACAGAUUUCUUAAAUCUCGAAAUGUUGGGUUUUUUACAGAAUGGUAACGAACUAUUCGGAAACUGCUAAUGAAAGCUAGCAAGAGAGCAGCCAUCCUUGCCAAGACUGAGUAGCUAGUUAGCUACAUUGUCGUGUCAUCCAGCUGAAAUAUCAUUAGCCUCUUCAUAUGUAUGUCUUCGCAAACCUGCUAACUAAACCUGCUGUCACGUACGUGUCAACUGAUCUGGUGACAUCACAAAUCAUAAGGCCAAAACGACUUAUCAGCUAGCUACAGUCAGUAGCAUAUCCUCAUUCAGCAUUUCUAAUAGUUUUUAUGCUGAUUGCCAUGACUCACUCUGUUGUCUAUUUCAGAUUGAAAGAGGAAUGACAAUGACAGUUUCCCUUUCUGUGAGAGGAGGCUACACUGGAAUACAGCUGUUCUGGGACCCAGAACGACCACAGCCCGAGUGACAGAGGACUUGCAUUGUGGAGCUUUUGGGGAGAGAACUAGUAGCAGGCAGUACACUUGGGUAAAGAAACACUAAGGCAAGGUGGAGAUGUUUGCCAAACUGAAAAAGAAGAUUGCUGAGGAGGCUGCCACUGCCCCCCGGACCGGAGUCCGCAUGCCUCGCUCCUGCAGCAAAGAGUCCAUUACGUCAGUGGGGGCAGACUCCGGGGAUGAUUUUGUAAGUACAAGUAUUGUUACCUCACUGUCCAUGCCAGUCAUCCUUUGAACCCACUAAGAGUAAUAAUAAUAAUAAUAUGCCAUUUAGCAGACGCUUUUAUCCAAAGCGACUUACAGUCAUGCGUGCAUACAUUUUUUGUGUAUGGGUGGUCCCGGGGAUCGAACCCACUACCUUGGAGUUACAAGCGCCGUGCUCUACCAGCUGAGCUACAGAGGACCACAGUUGGUCACAUGACACGAAACAAGGUUUCCCAGGCUAUUCUACAAGGAAGACAUCAUGGAAGAAAAGCUGGGAGGUUUCUUUGAAAGGAUGGCUUGUGGCCUCUAAUUUCAGUAGGCUUAAGUUUUGCACAUAUGAAAUGCAAACAAAGGUCAUUUAUAUCGUUUACACUCUUUCAAUUCAACAUAACUGAUCUAUAACAUGAUAGGCUUUCUCAGUGUUUUGAGAGAUUCUGCCUACCUGACAGGAAUGGCCCAGGCCCUCCAUCAGUGUUUCUCCUGUGUAAUGGAGCCCCAGGGACUGUCAUGAUGAUGUAAAUCACUACCAUUUACAUGCAACAUAUCAGAUCGCCCUUGCACUGUGGUGUAAACAGUGCUGCAUUCGCACUUUGAGAUGGAUAUCUAAUAUUGGCUUUAUGAAUAUCAGCGAAAUAGUAGACCUAAUGUACAAGACUUACAGUAUGCAGAGCCAGGGAAAGAGCAGUGAAGCGAUUUGCUGCGUUUUGAAGUAUGGUGUAAUUGUCUUUUUAUAUACAUUACCAGUCAAAAGUUUGGACACACCUACUCAUUCAAGGGUUUUUCUUUGUAGAAUAAUAGUGAAGACAUUAAAAUUAUGAAACAACACAUAUGGAAUCAUGUAGUAACCAAAAAAGUGUUAAACAAAUCAAAAUAUAUUUUAUAUUUGAAAUUCUUCAAAUAGCCACCCUUUGCCUUGAUGACAGCUUUGCACACUCUUGGCAUUCUCUCAACCAGCUUGACCUGGAAUGCUUUUCCAACAGUCUUGAAGGAGUUCCUACAUAUGCUGAGCACUUGUUGGCUGCUUUUCCUUCACUAUGCCGUCCGACUCAUCCCAAACCAUCUCAAUUGGGUUGAGGUCGGGGGAUUGUGGAGGCCAGUUAAUCUGAUGCAGCACUCCAUCACUCUCCUUCUUGGUAAAAUAGCCCUUACACAGCCUGGAGGUGUGUUGGGUCAUUGUCCUGUUGAAGAACAAAUUAUAGUCCCACUGAGCCCAAAAAGGAUGGCAUGGCGUAUCGCUGCAGAAUGCUGUGGUAGCCAUGCUGGUUAAGUGUGCCUUGAAUUCUAAAUAAAUCACAGACAGUGUCACCAGCAAAGCACCCCCACACCAUAACACCUCCUCCUCCAUGCUUUACAGAUGGAACUAAAUAUGCGGCGAUCAUCCGUUCACCCACACCGCGUCUCACAAAGACACAGCGGUUGGAACCAAAAAUCUUCAAUUUGGACUCCAGACCAAAGGACACAUUUCCACCGGUCUAAUGUCGAUUGCUCAUGUUUCUUGGCCCAAGCAGGUCUCUUCUUAUUAUUGGUGUCCUUUAGUAGUGGUUUAUUUGCAGCAAUUCGACCAUGAAGGCCUGAUUCACACAGUCCUCUCUGAACAGUUGAUGUUGAGAUGUGUCUGUGACUUGAACUCUGUGAAGCAUUUAUUUGGGCUGCAAUUUCUGAGACUGGUAACUCUACUGAACUUAUCCUCUGCAGCAGAGGUAACUCUGGGUCUUCCAUUCCUGUGGCGGUCCUCAUGAGAGCCAGUUUCAUCAUAGCGCUUGAUGGUUUUUGCGACUGCACUUGAAGAAACUUUCUAAAUUCUUGACAUUUUCCGUAUUGACUGACCUUCAUGUCUUAAAGUAAUGAUGGACUGUCGUUUCUCUUUGCUUAUUUGAGCUGUUCUUGCCAUAAUAUGGACUUGGUCUUUUACCAAAUAGGGAUAUAUUCUGUAUACCCCCCCCUACCUUGUCACAACACAACUGAUUGGCUCAAAAGCAUUAAGAAGGAAAGAAAUUCCACAAAUUAACUUUUAAGAAGACACACCUGUUAAUUGAAAUGCAUUCCAGGUCAACAUCAAGCUGGUUGAGAGAAUGCCAAGAGUGUGCAAAGCUGUCAUCAAGGCACUUUUUUGGUUACUACAUGAUUCCAUAUGUGUUAUUUCAUAGUUUUGAUGUCUUCACUAUUAUUCUACAAUAUAGAAAAUAGUAAAAAUAAAGAAAAACCCUUGAAUGAGUAGGUGUGUCCAAACUUUUGACUGGUACUGUACAAGUAGGCUGCCUAUAUUCUGUUGACAUUGCCUCUUGGUUUAUGAUUUGGGUCUGUGAGUCAGCUAUCCUGUUGUUAUAUGGUUAGGUGUGUCUGGAGAUUGGCAUCCAGAAGCCAGUGGAUUCCAUGGUCAAGUGUGUAAAUGUACGAGUGUGAUACCACCACUCUUUUGUCAAUGAUGACAUGAAUUCAGAAAUAUUCCCCAUCAUAGAGCAGGAUAAAGGGAUAGUUAAGGAUUUCGACAAUGAGGCCCUUUCUGUACUUACCCUUUCAAUGAGGCCCUUUCUUUACUUAUGUCUCUGCAUGCAGUUUGAAGGAAGUUGCUAACUAGCGUUAGCGCAAUUGCUAACUAGUGUUAGCGUAAUGACUGGAAGUCUAUGGGAACAGCAAGUAUGCUACCUGUUCCUGGCUAGCUGUUCCUGUAGACUUCGUCAUUGCGCUAACACUAGUUAGCAUUGGCUUGCGAAACUCCAUACAUUUCUUCAUACUGGAUGCAGAUACAUAAAAAUGGUAUCCACGAGUUCAUCUGACUCUGGGGAAGUCAUUGCCAAAAUCCCGAACUAUCCCUUUAAUGCAUUGUUGAGUCUUAAGGUGCAAACCUGUGUAAUAUGAAGCCCUGCUCGGGUGUCAGAUCUGCCCUGCUCUGUUCACUUGACCACACAUGACUUGUAGGCACUAGAACACACACUGUUCCUUUUCUCUUUUGGAGAAGGUAGCUUAACAUACUGUAUGUAGAGACAAUUCCGCUUAAAUCUUUGAGGCUAAUCAGUAGACAAUGUGAUGGUGUUAUUCCACAUUGCACUGUUGUGUUAGAUAUUAUAUUACUUUCAGAAUAUCAUAAGAUACAGAAUUUUUGUUGAUGUUAUUGGAAAGCGUCAGAAGUGUUAAUCAGUUCAGUUGUGAUUUUACCCCCCCCCCCCCAGCCUACGGUUGACAAUAUGAAUGGAGUGGCUCUUCUUACAGUGUUACUCAGAUCCAGUGUCUUGGGGCUGAUGCGUCUUUCCUUUGUCAUUUGCACUAUUUUGAAUUAUUUAAGUAAUUGACUGGUAAUAAGAUCCAAUCACCUGGUAGGCUAUCCCUCAUUAAAUUUGUAGUAAAGUAAAAUCACGCACAAACCGUCAUUCUGUUACCAAACUUUGCAUCUGCACUGUUCUUCAAGUUUUUGUAAAAUGUUCAGUGUAAAUUGUUAAAAGUAGUCCUUGUGCAUAGAGUUGCAUGGUUUGUUUAAAUUUGAAAUCAUUGUUUUUUGUUUGACAUACAUUUUAAAGUGAAAGAUCAUUCUGUGACCAUGGAAUUGCCCUAAACACGCUCAUAGACAUGAGUUGGGUACCUCUGAUAUGAAAUAUCAUUAAUAUAGAUCUUGUCAGUGGGAUAUUUCAUAGAUUCUACAACAUCCACAACAUACAGUGGGGAGAACAAGUAUUUGAUACACUGCCGAUUUUGCAGGUUUUCCUACUUACAAAGCAUGUAGAGGUCUGUAAUUUUUUAUCAUAGGUACACUUCAACUGUGAGAGACGGAAUCUAAAACAAAAAUCCAGUAAAUCACAUUGUAUGAUUUUUAAGUAAUUAAUUUGCAUUUUAUUGCAUGACAUAAGUAUUUGAUCACCUACCAACCAGUAAGAAUUCCGGCUCUCACAGACCUGUUAGUUUUUCUUUACCUGUAUUAACUGCACCUGUUUGAACUCGUUACCUGUAUAAAAGACACCUGUCCACACACUCAAUCAAACAGACUCCAAUCUCUCCACAAUGGUCAAGACCAGAGAGCUGUGUAAGGACAUCAGGGAUAAAAUUGUAGACCUGCACAAGGCUGGGAUGGGCUACAGGACAAUAGGCAAGCAGCUUGGUGAUAAGGCAACAACUGUUGGCGCAAUUAUUAGAAAAUGGAAGAAGUUCAAGAUGACGGUCAAUCAUGCAAGAUCUCACCUCGUGGGGCAUCAAUGAUCAUGAGGAAGGUGAGGGAUCAGCCCAGAACUACGCGGCAGGACCUGGUCAAUGACCUGAAGAGAGCUGGGACCACAGUCUCAAAGAAAACCAUUAGUAACACAUUACGCUGUCAUGGAUUAAAAUCCUGCAGUGCACGCAAGGUCCCCCCGCUCAAGCCAGCGCAUGUCCAGGCCCGUCUGAAGUUUGCCAAUGACCAUCUGGAUGAUCCAGAGGAGGAAUGGGAGAAGGUCAUGUGGUCUGAUGAGACAAAAAUAUAGCUUUUUGGUCUAAACUCCACUCGCUGUGUUUGGAGGAAGAAGAAGGAUGAGUACAACCCCAAGAACACCAUCCCAACCGUGAAGCAUGGAGGUUGAAACAUCAUUCUUUGGGGAUCUUUUUCUGCAAAGGGGACAGGACGACUGCACCGUAUUGAGGGGAGGAUGGAUGGGGCCAUGUAUCGCGAGAUCUUGGCCAACAACCUCCUUCCCUCAGUAAGAGCAUUGAAGAUGGGUCGUGGCUGGGUCUUCCAGCAUGACAACGACCCGAAACACACAGCCAGGGCAACUAAGGAGUGGCUCCGUAAGAAGCAUCUCAAGGUCCUGGAGUGGCCUAGCCAGUCUCCAGACCUGAACCCAAUAGAAAAUCUUUGGAGGGAGCUGAAAGUCCGUAUUGCCCAGUGACAGCCCCGAAACCUGAAGGAUCUGGAGAAGGUCUGUAUGGAGGAGUGGGCCAAAAUCCCUGCUGCAGUGUGUGUUAAACCUGGUCAAGACCUACAGGAAACGUAUGAUCUCUGUAAUUGCAAACAAAGGUUUCUGUACCAAAUAUUAAGUUCUGCUUUUCUGAUGUAUCAAAUACUUAUGUCAUGCAAUAAAAUGCAAAUUAAUUACUUAAAAAUCAUACAAUGUGAUUUUCUGGAUUUUUGUUUUAGAUUCCACCUCUCACAGUUGAAGUGUACCUAUGAUAAAAAUUACAGACCUCUACAUGCUUUGUAAGUAGGACAACCUGCAAAAUCGGCAGUGUAUCAAAUACUUGUUCUCCCCACUGUAUAUGUUUCUAGUACCUGCUGCGCCAUAACCAUGGAAGCUCCAGUAUGACCUGCUGUGCUGAUGAGGAUCCCUCUAUUCUGUGUGUUUGUGUUGACCUCCAGGCUUCUGAUGGCAGUAGCUCCAGGGACGACCUCUCCUCCCAGAUCCUCAGAAGGAAUGAUCAGAUUCGCAAGCUGGAGGCCAAACUAUCAGGUAAGACAUGUCUGUAUGGAGCCAGUUUAAUCAGAGUAGGAUGAUGUGGUUGCGCCUAGGCCUAGACACUGAUCUAAGGUUAGUUUUGCAUUUCCCCCAACCAUAAUUAAGGUUAGGUUUGGUCUGAUCUGUGUCUAUUGUGCUUAGAGACAACUUUUACCAAGAGCAGUAUACUCAGGUCAAAGGUCACAUAACCAACGGGUAAUGUCUGGCUUCUGUCUCGACCUCAUGGCUUUUGUUAACACCGGCCCUCACAAAAGGUAUGAUAGGGUAUCUUUUACAAUUUUUCUUUAUUCUUUACCAAAUUCCCAUCUGGUGAACGUUAAGAGCAAAUGCCAUGGCUUUUAGUCUACCUUUUAGGUUCUGUGUGUCUUUUCUCCCAGAUUAGUGUGAUAGCUACUCCUCCCUUAGAGGUGGUGUGUCUGACCCCUUAGAAAAGGUUAAAAGUCGCACAUCUUCACGCAGCCUCUUAACCAGGAUGGUUUUCUCAUCUAAGAAAAUCAUUGUUUUUUCCUUCCAUUUUUUCUCAAUCAUGUUUUAUUUUAUUUUAUAUGCCUCUCCAUUUAUUUUAUUCCUCCUCCUCCCCGUGGCUUGUACUCUCAUCCCCCUGUCCCCCUUUCCUGUGUGUGUGUACAUGUGUGUUUUAUGUGCUGUUGGUAUUCCAUCACCCCACCUCCUGCCACUAGGCUACGCUGAGCAACUCCAACUUAUGCAGAAGACCAAGGACAAGCUUGAAAUUGCAUUAGAAAAACAUCAGGAUUGUACGUACUUUUAUUCUCCAAUCUCCUCUCAUUUUGCUUUCUUUCUUUCUUUCUUUCUCUCAUUUGUUUGUCUGCUGGCUGUGGUAAUGGUCACCCAAAGCACCAUCACUCGCUCAAGGAGGGGCUCAGAAUCAUAUGCUGUCACUUCUAUAGGUUUCCAUAUUUAAAAAAUCUAUUGUUGAAACAAGGGACUUGCAUGCUUCUUGACAUCAUUGUUUUGAAAUGUUUUUGGCACUGUUGUAAGUAGGUAAGUAUUUCUGCUAUGACAAUUAUAUGAGACAAUAUAAAACAGUGGAUGUUUUAUCAGUAUGUAAAUGUCUAUUACUUCCCUUUUUUGGUAAUAAUCAAUGUUAUAACAAACACCAAUGUACUAACGUAACCAAUAACAAUAAAACAUCUAUAAAAAUAAGUCCAUUUGGGAUGUCUGUGUUGGCCAUGCUUAGAUGCACUGCUUGCCUUUGCUUCUUGGAAACACCUAGCUUGGCUUACUGGACACAUUCUAUGGUCAAUAUUACUCUCACCCUUUUAAAGCUUUCAAAGCUAGCAGCUACCAACCACUGACAAAUCUACAACCUGCUGUUUCAAUUGAUCCAUCUUUGGCUAGCCAGUUGUAUUGCUAAUUAUUUCUCUCUCGUUCUCUCGCUUUCUUUUACUACCCAGCCUCCAUGAGGAAACUGCAGGACCAGAAUGAGACUCACCAGACCAAUAGAGCCAAAAUGGCCGAAGGCAUGGCUUUGGCCCUGGACAAGAAAGAUCAGGUGAGCAUCAUAUCCUUUGCACCACGAGGCAUACGCUUGUGUGUGUUUAUAGUUAGAUUAAGUCCUGUCUUUGUCUGUAGGAAUGGAUGGAAAGGAUGGCUACGCUAGAUCAGGUACGCUAACAUCUAACUAACAUUCUAACAUCUAACUAGCAUUCUAUGUUCUCAUUCAGCCAGUCAGUCAUCGUCUGUGUAGAUGAGAGAUCUAUUCUGUCUGUGCCCCUCAGGAGAAGGCAGCUCUGUCUGUGCGGCUAGAUGAGAUGAUGGAGCAGAGCCUCACUCUGUUCCAGAAGAGAGAUGACCUGGAUGAGCUGGAGGGCUUCCAGCAGCAGGAGCUCGCCAAAGUCAAACACAUGGUACGCACUAUGGACAACAAGGUCCCACUGUCUAACACUAACCCACCACAUGGCAUGUAGGAGGCAAUUCAAACAUACACAUGUCGUUUUGUGCUUUAUCUGUCUGUCUAUUCUGAUCCAAGCUGUAGCUAUGUCGGUAAUGAUCCACCUUGGUAAAACAACGCUUUGGUGGGAUCAAAAGUUUUUCUAUUACCCUAGACAAUAAUGGUAGUUAAACAUUUGUUUUAGUGAAGUCUUUUCUGUGGUGUGUCCUGUUUCGUUAUGGUAGUUACUGAGGAAGGAGGAGCAGCUGGGACAGCGGGAGCGAGAGCUCCAGCAGAAGGAGGCCGAGCUGCAGACGGCCAAGAAGGGUUUGGCCGAAGCCCAGGAGAAGCUGCGGGCUCUGGGAGAGGAGCAUCAGGAAAGUUGUAGGCUCAACACCGAGCUGGAGAUCGAAAGGUUAGGACAGGACACAGAGAUUGCCAUGAAUUCAGUAGUUGGAGAUGCUUAUCAUCAUGACUGAAAAUAAUGACCUUACUGAUAAGGGAGAGUUUGUGUGCUAAAUCUCUUGAUGAAGUCUGCCUGUUUUCUUCUGGGUUUUCUGAGGUUUUGGUUGUUGUCUAACAGUACAGGGUUGUGUGUGUGUGGUCUCAUUAAGAGAGGAGCUGCUGGAGGUCAGGGAGGAGGCUGAGAAGAAGAUCGCUGAGCUGGAGGGCAGAGGCCAGAACCUGCAGAAGGUCAUCCAACAGGUGUCUGAGGACUUCCAGAAGGUUAGCCCUCUAACCUAUAGAUGCUUCCUUGAAAAAUCCUUUCACUGUAUUGAAAUGGUACAUAUCUGUAAUGACAGCAUAUGAAUACAGUUAGAUAAAUGUGAUGAUAACAGUUUAUAACAUUUUUCAGAAUGUAGCAAUCUAAUUGUGUGUGUGUGUGUUCUCAGUCGCGGAGCGCGGAAGCAGCUGUAGAGAAGUCUCUCCAUACCUUACAAACAGAGCACAAUGCCCUGAAGCUGCAGCAACACAAGGUAAGACCAGACCACCAUGUAACUCCUUAUAUGGGCAAUUCCAUAUUUCUGUUACCAAAUCUGCAGUUUUUCCAGUGAAAGUUUUACUGUGUAAAUUGUUCAAAGUAGUCAUUGUGCAUAGAGUUGUAUGGUUUGUAAAACUUUGAAAUUAAUUGUUUUAGUUUGGCAUAAACGAAAAAUCGGAGUCUCAGUGUAUUUCCAUUACCGUGGAAUUGCCAGUAUCUAACCCCUCCUCCUCCUCAUUCAGUAUGCUCUAUAAUUGCCCCAUCCCUCUCUCUCCCUGUUGUGGUCCCCAGGCAGCAGUGACUGAUGAGGACAAGGAGCGUGUGCUGCUGGACCUGCAGGAGAAGGUCUCCUCUCUGGAGAGACGUCUGCAGGGUAACCUGAGUGAAGACGAGCUCCUCCAGGAGCUGCUCAAAGAGGUAACUACAACAGCUAAUCCUAAAGACAGAGGACUCCUGUGGAAUUGGUAUAAGGAAAAUACCUUAAAGAACCAUAAGUAAGUAUUUCACUGUUAGUCCACAUCUGUUAUUUACGAAGCAUGUGACAAAUACAAUUUGAUUUGAAUGGUGAUGCAUUUCAAGUCAAGCUUAUUUGUCAUAUGCACAGAAACACAUGGUGUACACAGUACAAUGAAAUGCUUACUUGCAGGUUCACCUCUAAACAGUACAAUAACUAUAACAAAGAAUUAAUACAAAUCAUUUAGAAGCUUAACCCUUGGCCUAUAUGGAAAGGGCUAAAUUGAAACGUUUCUUACAGAAGAAAUAUGAAAUGCAUAUGCAUAAGCAUGGUAGCAAUUGAAAAAGAACAGUUUGAAGAUUAUGGGAAAAUUAUUAGACCAAAGUUGAGGACACAAUAGUUCACCUGACACAACACUGAAUCCAAACAUUACACUUUUAUGUGCAUUUGACAAUUUCUGUACUUUUUGCCACAUUUGUUGAUAACGAAAUUUGAAAAUACUCUUGAUACAUUCAGUAACAUAAGAUUUUUCAUGGAAAAUGUGGGGUAGGUGCAACAUAAGACAAGAAAAUGACAAGGGUUUGAGUGAGAGGACUAACUGGUGUCUCCAAGUGGCCACACACCUCUCCGAAGUGUGCACAGUUCCUAAGUAACUUCAAUGCACUUUAAUGACUCAAAGAAGAGUCUUCAUCUAUAAGGUGCAUUUUAGAGCUCUCCUAGCUGUGCUGUUGAGGAACUAGAGCAAGCACACUAGUAGUUGUUUUGUUUGGAACACAACCCUGCAUCCCCGUCAUCACACAAUUACUGUUGUUGUUUACGCAAUCCAAAAACCUUCCAUUAUAAAUCCUAUUCUGGGUCAGGUGGGCAUCAUUUGAAAGCUUGUUCUAUUGCCAACAUGACUAGCUAAGUUAUAAAAUAUGAUCUUACAGUUAGGCUUUCACAAGGCAAUUCAGAGAAACAGAUCGUCAUUUUGGUGCGCAUAGAAAGGAAUCAUGAGUGCAUUCAGGUGCGUGUCCUGCGGCCAAUAUCUUCCAGUUGCCCAAUUAGUGGAAGGGAUGGGGGCAACUUCUUGUCGUGUGGUGCUCAAGUUCAGAACGUCUGUCAGUCAAAACCCAUACAGCGCUCUGAAGCGGAGAGCCUGAGCUUUGAUGUCAUGUAUAGCAUGUUACUGUACAGCCACUGCGUUCCAAUUUAGGCGCUUAUCUGUGUCCAAAUCUGCCAUUUCCAACCUGUAUACGGGUACGAGUGUAAAGGGUUCAUGGAAUAACAACAGAAUAAACAUUUAGCAGAAGUAUAAAUACAAGGAAGGCACUCAAACAAAUGUACAGUAUAAUAUUUACACGUGUGCCGGGGAAGGGGGAUAUGGAGAGGAAAGGGUUUUGUGCGAUAUUUUUAGCAAUAAUAAAUAAAGUCCAAUAGCAGCAGUCGUGGUGUGUAUGUAGCGUGAGUGUGUGUGUGUGUAUGUGUUUGUGCAUAUGGGUGUGUGAGUGCAUGUGUGCUAAGGUGCGGAGAGUCAGUGCAAAUGGUCAGUUCAAGUGUUCAGCAGUCUUUGUUUUUUCCCCUGUGUGUUAAUGUGUAGAAGUCCACUCUGGAGCGGAGGCUGGAGGACAUGAGAGUGGAGCUGCUGCAGGCACGCACCAACCAUGCAGACACGGUUAGCUCACUGGAGACUCAGGUAAACAGCCCUCUCUCUACCUCUUCAUCAGAGUUCUAUAGUUCUUCACAUGCAACUGGCUUAGAUGCUCCAUUAGUUAACAGCAACAUAUGAACAAUUGUAUGAACACAUCUGGUAAGCAUAUUCUAUCUCUCCCAGAUAUCCAGAAUCAACAACAAUGUAACUGAACUACAGAACCUGCUACGACACAAAGACGACUCUUCCAAGAACUACAGAGAGAGAACGGACGCACAGGUAAGCGAUCAGGCACACUGGUGGGAGAGAACAAUGUAAGCAUUUCAGACCUGUGCUCUCUCUUCGUUCUUUCUCCUUGUGCGCUCUACCUUCAGUCUCUCACACACAGCCCCAUGUCGCUCUCUGUCUUACAGAUAGCAGGUCUGGAACAGCAGGUGCAGGAGAGCAACGAGAGGCUCAAGAACACUGAGCAGCAGAUCACCGACAAGCAAGCACGCCUGGACGAACUGGUAAAUGUUUGUCCGAGUACGGUGAAAGAUGCUCUACCACCACUGUAAAUAAAGUUGAAGCUGAGGCUGGAGCAAAUGCAGUUGAACCUUUUAUUCCUUGAUUAGACUUCUUCAUGUAUCUUAUGGGAGCCAGAGACACAGUUAAUGUAAGUAUGUGUGAUGCUGAGACUGCCCUUUCCCCUGUGGUCACCCCCAGCAUGCAGAGUGGAGUGUGGAGAGGGACAGUCUGCAGCAGCAGGUGUCUGCAGAGCGGCAGCAGGGCCAGGAGAGGGCAGGCUGGAUGGAGGAGCAGCUCUCUGCACUGCAGACAGAGAAAGACACAGAGCACACCUCUGCCCAAGCUAGGAUUGUGAGUUACAGUUCUCAGCUCUCACUUGCUCUGUAGAUGUUGACAUUUUUGUUCACUAAACUGUUCUCAGUGACAUACCUGUUAAGGUACAUUUUUACUUUGGUAUUUGAUAGUUUCGAUGCAGAUUUUGAUCAGCUUAUCCAUUGGUCUCGGUGGAUUGGUAAUUGCACAUUAUCGGGACUCUCAAACAAGGCCAUAAAAUAUGUAUCUAUCGUUAUUAGACUGUGAUCCUACGCCCUCUAAUUUCUGCUUUUCUUUCGCUAACAUCCCUUUAUCUAUUUUUCUCUGUCCCUAUCCCACAUCUCUCUCCCUCACCCACCUCUCCCCCCACCCAUUUCUGUUUUGUGUUUCCCAGAGUGAGUUGGAGGAGGCGAGAGGAGCUCUGCUGAGAGGGAGGGAUGAAGCUGACGUGGCUUUGAGGAGACGGGCAGAGGAGCUGGAGCAGGCCAGGGUCAGACACACUUCCUGCUUUAUAUUAGGCAGUCAGUUGAAAACAGGAUGUCACAGAUUUCAUGAUAAAUUCAAUUGUAUUCUUGGGUCACUCCAGAUUUUUUUGCAUGCUGUGCCACACCCAUUUCUAUGAGAAUAGCUACUGCAUUACAACUCCAAGAAAUGGUCCUGUUGCCCGUACACAUGGGGUAAUGAUGCAGCGGUCUAAGGCACUACAUCUCAGUGCAUCUCAGUGGUAGAGGCGUCACUACAGACCCUGGAUCGAUUACAGGCUGUAUCACAAUCCGGCCGUGAUUGGGAGCCCAUAGGGCGUCGCACAAUUGGCCCAGCGUCGUCCGGGUUUGGCAGGGGUAGGCCUUCAUUGUAAAUAAGAAUGUGUUCUUAACUGACUUGCCUAGUUAAAUAAAGGUUAAAUACCAUUUUAAAAAUGAUGUCCCUGUAUGUGACCCCAGUCGGAGCUGAGCAGUAGGCAGACAGUGAGUGUGGAGAUAGCGAUGGCUCUGGAGGACACCAGGAGACAGAAGGAGGAGCUCCAACUACAGGUCUGGAGAGACAUCAUACUCACUAUCACAUCAUACAUUUUUUCUGUACUCUUUUAAAUAACAAACAACAUUCUCUACACUGUGUUGGAACAAGGUUUUAAAAAAUUGCCAAUGCUAUUGACUUAAUCAUACUCGGGCAGCGAGUGAUCUGUUACAAAUUCAUGAAUUCAGCUUGUGUCGAUUGUGCUCCUAAAUAAAUUAUACGUUUACUGUCUCCUUUUCCAGGUAGGACAGAUGACGACGUCACUUCAAACAACAUCGCAGGAACUGGCCCACGUCACUGAGCAGUUGAAGCAGAGAGAGGAGGAACUCCAAACACUUCGCAAUGGUAAACACUUAAUUUCUCUGUCAGGUGCACUUUUCCUCUGUCUCCCUUGCUAUGUGAAUUUGGAAGUUGUAGUGUUGACUUAAUACUGUGUAGUGUCUGAUGCUCCCUUCCACUGUGUUUGUGUUGCAGAGUUGCAGAGGGCUCAGAGCUCCCUGUCCCAGCUGCAGGACGAGGGGGAGAGGCUGCGGGCAUGGGCCCAGAAGAGGGAGGAGGAGAAGGACAGCCAGCUGGUCAGCCUGAGACAGGAGCUCCUCACCCAGACCGAGCAUCUGGAUUCCUGCCAGUCACGGGUCCGAACACACACAGCGGGCACAGCCAUUACGCCACUUUAACCCUGUUUUUAAUGUCCUCCUUAGCUUCCAUACUGUACAUAACUCAAGUCUGUCAUUACAGAUUAGACUUUUUGCAUGUGUUGUCUGACUGUGCCUCUGUGUGUGUGUGUGUGUGUCUCAGGUAUCUGAGCUGGAGGUGGAGGUGGAGACCCUGACGUUGCAGCUGCAGACUCCAGAGGUGUGUGAACCGGACCAGAAUGGGACCGUGACCGUGGACGACCUGGACCACAUGCAGAAGGCCAACAGAGACCUGGAGCAGCAGCUUAGUGACAAGAACAAGGUCAGUACUGGGCCAACCAAAAACCGUGAUCACCACACAGGCAUGUUCGGAUAAUUACUCCUUGUCUGAAAUAUCUGGAACAGGUCCAUUUCAGUGUUUGUGUGCUGUUAUUGAUUGGAUGCCUGUUGCUUUACAGACCAUUAAGCAGCUACAGCAGAGGCUAGCUGAGCUGAAGAGGACAUUGCAGAAGGAGCUGGUGUGACAUUUAGAUACCUUUUAGUAUGAGCAUCCAAUCUAAAUCCAAUAUUUCUUCCAUUGAUUGAAUAUGGUCCAUGUGCUGAGUUUUGUGUGUGAUGGUUUGUGCCUGUGUGUUCCUGUUGCAGAAGCUGAAACCUGAAACGGAGUUAGAGGGGAAGGAAAGGGCCCAGGAAGGGAGAGGAGAGCGGCAGGAGAGGCCAGACAGAACCUUCACUGAGCCCACUCCAGCCCCAGCCCCUGGCCCAAACACCACUGUCACCAACACUUCUGACCUCAAUGACUCACGAGAGAUCAACUUUGAGUACCUCAAACACGUGGUGCUAAAAUUUAUGUCGUCCAGAGAGGCUGAGGUGAGAGCCACCCACCUGGUCCCUGUUAUCGUAGCUAGACCCAUCAGUUUUGGAUGUCUAUGGUCAUGGCUGAAGUCUAAAUCUCUCCCUGUCCCCAUGUCGCUCUGUCUCAUAGGCCUAUCAGCUGAUCAGAGCGGUGUCUGUGUUGCUGAACUUCACUGGUGAGGAAGAGGACAUGUUAAAGGAGACACUGGAGUACAAGGUGACUUUCUCCUUUCAGACAUCUGUUCCCUGAAACUCCUCUGUCAAAUGAAUGGGCGUUAUGGCCAUACCACAGCCAGUGUACAGUGGGGGAAAAAAGUAUUUAGUCAGCCACCGAUUGUGCAAGUUCUCCCACUUAAAAAGAUGAGAGAGGCCUGUAAUUUUCAUCAUAGGUACACGUCAACUAUGACAGACAAAAUGAGGAGAAAAAAAUCCAGAAAAUCACAUUGUAGGAUUUUUAAUGAAUUUAUUUGCAAAUUAUGGUGGAAAAUAAGUAUUUGGUCAAUAACAAAAGUUUCUCAAUACUUUGUCAUAUACCCUUUGUUGGCAAUGACACAGGUCAAACGUUUUCUGUAAGUCUUCACAAGGUUUUCACACACUGUUGCUGGUAUUUUGGCCCAUUCCUCCAUGCAGAUCUCCUCUAGAGCAGUGAUGUUUUGGGGCUGUCGCUGGGCAACACGGACUUUCAACUCCCUCCAAAGAUUUUCUAUGGGGUUGAGAUCUGGAGACUGGCUAGGCCACUCCAGGACCUUGAAAUGCUUCUUACGAAGCCACUCCUUCGUUGCCCGGGCGGUGUGUUUGGGAUCAUUGUCAUGCUGAAAGACCCAGCCACGUUUCAUCUUCAAUGCCCUUGCUGAUGGAAGGAGGUUUUCACUCAAAAUCUCACGAUACAUGGCCCCAUUCAUUCUUUCCUUUACACGGAUCAGUCGUUCUGGUCCCUUUGCAGAAAAACAGCCCCAAAGCAUGAUGUUUCCACCCCCAUGCUUCACAGUAGGUAUGGUGUUCUUUGGAUGCAACUCAGCAUUCUUUGUCCUCCAAACACGAUGAGUUGAGUUUUUACCAAAAAGUUCUAUUUUGGUUUCAUCUGACCAUAAGACAUUCUCCCAAUCCUCUUCUGGAUCAUCCAAAUGCACUCUAGCAAACUUCAGACGGGCCUGGACAUGUACUAGCUUAAGCAGGGGGACACGUCUUGCACUGCAGGAUUUGAGUCCCUGGCGGCGUAGUGUGUUACUGAUGGUAGGCUUUGUUACUUUGGUCCCAGCUCUCUGCAGGUCAUUCACUAGGUCCCCCGUGUGGUUCUGGGAUUUUUGCUCACCGUUCUUGUGAUCAUUUUGACCCCACGAGGUGAGAUCUUGCGUGGAGCCCCAGAUCCAGGGAGAUUAUCAGUGGUCUGAGGACAGAGGAGCCUCUUAAAGAAGAAGUUACAGGUCUGUGAGAGCCAGAAAUCUUGCUUGUUUGUAGGUGACCAAAUACUUAUUUUCCACCAUAAUUUGCAAAUAAAUGCAUUAAAAAUCCUACAAUGUGAUUUUCUGGAUCUUUUUUUCUCAAUUUGUCUGUCAUAGUUGACGUGUACCUAUGAUGAAAAUGACAGGCCUCUCUCAUCUUUUUAAGUGGGAGAACUUGCACAAUUGGUGGCUGACUAAAUACUUUGUUUCCCCACUGUAUAUCAAAUGAAAUAGGCCAUGACACUGUUUUGUCCUCAAUUGGCCUCAUUUCUUAAAUGUACUUGCUAUCUGUUGUUUAUUUUGGAAUACCUAAGCUACAUCCGGAGGGAAAAUGUUAUUUUAAAGAGGCUAGAAAGCCAGUAUGAGGGUUUGCGCACAGGCUAGAAUGAAAGGCGGCCGGUGCGUGGGAGAGAAAAUAUCUGUAGAGUUCCAAAAGUACUCGCACUCAAAACCAUGAAAAGGAAUAACACAAGGAGGCCGAGAUGCAAAAAAUAAUAUAAUGAUUUUAAUCCAUGCUCAAAAGAAUACAAAAAGUGAAAGUGCAAAGUGCUAAUAAAAAAUGUACAGAGCAUAUGUAUCGGCCUUCAUCAGUGCUGUACAAACAAAUUAAGAAGGCACUGUGCGUAACAGGCGCAACAGGUGCAAGCAGAUAGUUAAUUAGAGACUGGUGAAUAGGGAGUCGAUGCGAAUAUAUAGAAGAGUAUAAAAAAUGGACAAUUCAUAUGUCACAUAUAAUUAGAAAGAGACAACAGUCUGGGCUACCAUAGCUUUCAAGCACACAUCACAUAUACAGUUGAGACGGGCACAGAGUCAAGCUGCAGUGCAGCACCCCUAGAUGGAGAGCAAGUUGUGGGGUUAAGGGCCUUGCUCAAGGGCCCAACGGUAGGGGAAUGUCUUCAGGAUGUGAACCCAGCAGCCCUCCAGUUGCCAGAUGAAUUCCCUCCUAUUUUUCCAGCGCCCGACCCUUCCACAGUUGUAACUAUAGUUCUAAUAGUCCAGUGAUACAUGUAUUUCAUUUGAUAUAAUCGUAACAUCGCUGUGUUUUUCAGAUGUCCUGGUUUGGAUCCAAGCCUUCUCCAAAGGGUAUUGUUCGGCCGUCAGUUUCAGGGGCACCUGCUCACUGGAGCUGAGAGGACAGCGAGAGGAAGAGAUGUGGAGAGGACAGAGACACACAUGACUUUUAUCAUGUCCUUGCAUGAUGUCUCCCAUCACUGUGGUAACCAACUGAACAUUGUGAAGAGGACACUACCUAAGCUUUAAAACGGUUUCUGACGUGACACAGAUUCCUAUAUAGCUCUUCAAUCUCCUUAAAUGACUUUUUUUCUUGCUCUUCAAGAGGACAGAGAAGGGCUCCACAAUGACUUGGAGAGGCUGUCUUGUUUUAUGGUCUGUAAAAAAAAAAUUGGGGUGUGAUUUUAUUUACAAGUAAAAUGGUUAAAGCAGACAUGGGAUUGCUGCGUUGAUAAAUGUUAACCUUAAAGGGAUAC